AUGAUAUUCCAAUUUCCGAUAAAAUGUUAUCUUGAAACAUCGUCUGUCAGCCCGCUAUAUCCAGCACCGUUCCAUGUCCUAUUGGGAUCCUUGUUCAUGGCGGCGGCCACUGUGUUGGUUAUCCGGAGAUUGAGCUUCCGACAAGUAAUCUUUCACCGCCGACGUCAAACAUAUUUUCACGAUCGCAUGGAUGAAAUGAGCGUAUCAUCCAGGAGCAGUAUAGAGUAUCUACAAGGAUAG